AUGUCCUCGGUGGAGUUCCAGGCUCUCUUGGACUCCACCAUGACAGGGUCCAUCCAACGGCCCUUGUGUCCGCCAUAUGUGUCCUCCUGUAUUUCCCAGAUCCUGGCCCAAGCCUUGCUUAUAUCCCAGGUGUCGCCUGCUACUAUGGUCAUGGCAGAUAAGUUGGCACCAACGGCACGCAAAGCCACGACCAAGAUGAAGCACGUCUCCCCUCACUCGAUGAAUCAGGCCUUGCCUGAAUUGACUGACAUGCUCGAUGCGGUCCCAGAUGGUGCAAUACUGCGCAAAAGAGCCACUGGUCGGGCAAAAGCAACCAGAAAAUGGAAACGGGUGUGGGCCUGA